UUGAUUGAUUGAUUGGUGAAUGAAAUGUCAAAUUGAUAAUUAACCGGAUGACGAAGACAAAUUGAACCAUUGAAAUUUGAAUAUUGGACGAAAAGAGAAGAAUAAAUUUGAAUUUCACCAACUGUUUUUUUUCUUUGAACAAAUUCAAAGAUUUUAUCAAUAUUAUUUGAUCUCAUCCUCCUACAUCCGUUCCAUCAUUGUCAUUUUUGAAUAAAACAAAAACAAAACGAUGGUACAUGCAACAAAUUUGGCCAAUCCGACUGCUGCCGUUUCUGGUCAUCACCAUUUACCAUUAGGGCCAACAUCUAGACAUCAUCAUCAUACGAAUUCACAUCCACAUCAUCUUGUUCAUCUGACCAACCACCAUAAUUCAAGCCAGCUACAUAAUCUUGGUCAACAUCAUUCAUUGUCGCCUCCCGUAGAGAUUCCUGGAUUAUUUCAGUGUAAACAACAACAACAACCCCCACACAAUGGACCAAUAGUCACAACUGGCCAAUUCUCAAUGACCAAUAGCAAUAGUUUUGGUGCUGGUUCAAAUCGAAAUGGUAGCCGUUCAUUUGUUCAAUCUCAUUCUCAUCCCCCACAACCGCCAUCGAUGAAUGGCUCAGUAAAUCAUCAACUACCACUGUCACAAACUUCAACCGCAGUAACUAAUCGCACAUCGUCGAUGUCACCGAAUCUAAAUGAUACAUUAGCAAUUCAAAAUCAAUUGUUAACAAUGUUACCAAAUCAUUUAGCAUCAUUUCUUCCGUUUUUGCCAGCAUCAUUUAUGAGUAAUAAUGGCAAUGGACAACCAUCUCAUCAAUUAUCGACAUUGAUUGCAAAUCCAAAAACCAAUUCAUUUGCACCAUUAUCAUCGCCACCAUUUGCUGCCAGUGCAAACGACUUUUUAACAUCGUCAUCUACAACAGCAACACAAUCAACAACAACAACUGGACAAUCGAAUUCGAAUAAUUUUAUUCGACCAAUCAUUCCAUUACCGCCAUCACAUCAACAACUUUCAUCUCAACAAAAUCGAUCAUUAUAUUCAGAUAUGAAGACAAAAGAAUUCAAAGUAAAUCAUCAUCAGAAUGGACAAAAUGGUCGGUCUAAAUCAUCGGUGAACAAAAUGGAAAAACAACAACAUCAUAAUCAUCAUAAUCAACAAGCACAAGAUCUAAGUCAGAAUAAUCAUAAAUCUAACAACAACAACAAAACUAUUCAUAAUAAUAAUGAUAAAAAUGAUAAUAGAAAAAUGACAUCAAAGUUUGAUUUUUCCCGUCUAGCCGAAUCAGCAACUGAAGGUAAAAAAAAUUCAGAGGAAAAAACUGAAACAAAAUGUCGAGAUAAUGGUCCAAUUGUUGUUACACAUAAAUCUUUUAUGGCAAAUCCAAAUGCAUUUGAACAUGCAAAUAAAAUGUUAACAUUAUUGAAUUCUGGACCAUUUGCAACAUUAUCACAGGAUGGUAAAUCACAAACAGUCAAUACAACUAGUCCAUUCUUUGCUGCUGCAAAUUUUAAUCCACAAACAUUAUUAUCAACAUUACAACAUCAAAGUCCACAUUUAGCUGAUUAUUUUUCAAGAAAAUUAGCACGUGUAAAUAGGAUAUCAUCACGACCUAAAAAAGAAUUUAUUUGCCGUUAUUGUCAACGUCGUUUUACUAAAUCAUAUAAUUUAUUGAUACAUGAACGUACACAUACGGAUGAACGACCAUAUACAUGUGACAUCUGUAAUAAAGCAUUUCGUCGCCAGGAUCAUCUUCGUGAUCAUCGCUAUAUUCAUUCGAAAGAAAAACCAUUUAAAUGUACUGAAUGUGGAAAAGGUUUUUGUCAAUCACGUACAUUAGCAGUACAUCGUAUCCUGCAUAUGGAUGAUUCACCACAUAAAUGUCCUACCUGUGGAAGAUCAUUUAAUCAAAGAUCUAAUUUAAAGACACAUCUACUUACACAUACCGAUAUUAAACCAUAUAAUUGUACGGAUUGUGGUAAAGAAUUUCGUCGUAAUUGUGAUUUACGUCGUCAUAUGUUGACACAUUCAUUCGGUAUUGCGAAUGACAACAAUAAUUCUACUACGACAGAUACAAUGACAACUACGGCGAUGACUACAAAUCUAAGCGUUGGCGAAAAAUCUACAACCACUACAAUGACACAUGGUGAAAUGUUGAUGGGCGCUAAUGAUAUAACCAAUCAUCAACAACAACAACAUCAUCAUCAUCAAUCGAAUAGUCAAAAUCCGGUACGAGGACGUCCACCAUUGCAUAGCUCACGUCAAUAUUAUCAACAGCAACAGAAAAAACCGGAAUCCAAAUCAACUACAACUACAAAAACAUUGAAUGUUGAUGAUGAAGAUAAUGAUUUUCGCAAAAAACAGACACCCAAAUCAUCAAAAGUACUAUUAAAUCAUCAAACGCCUACGCCUAAUGAUAAUGAUCACCGUCGACAUCAUCGAUCAUCCAUCAUGACCACCCCCAAUAACGAGAUUGUUGAUGAUGAUGACAACGUUAUUCGACAUAAUGGUGGCAAUGACAAUCAUCAUCAUAAUGAUGACAAACAACGACAAAUUUUAACAACUAAAAGCAAACGCCAACGAAAACGACGAAAACAUCAUCGACAAAAUGGCGAUGAUAAUAUUAAGAUUGAUGUCGAUGAACAACAACAUCUUAUUGAUGGUGAUGAUGAUGAAAUUGUUGUUGAAGAAAUGGUAAAAGAAAGAGAUGAAGUAAUAAUGGCCGAGGAAGAAGAAGAAAUCGAUGAAGAAAUACUUGCUGAAGAAGAUGAGGAGGAGGAUGAAGAUAUUGAUAUCGAUGUUAAUGAUGAAAACAAUGAUGAUGAUGAUGAUGACGAUAAGUUGUGGAAUGAAGAGAAAAUGAAUAAAAAUGAUCAACAACAACGACAUCAAAAAUUAAAUAUCGAUCGUCGAAAUCAAAGACAAUCAUCAAAGGAAGAUAAUGGUAAACAUCGAAAACUAAAACAACAACAACAACAUCAUGAUGAUGAUAUGAGUAUCGAUAAUAAUGGUGACCAUUUAAUAACGAUCGACAAAAAUCAACAUCCAAAUAAUAAUAAUGAUGACAUUUCAACAACAACCAUUAUAAAAAAUUAA